UUCGGAGCAAACGAAGGAUGCGAUGUGGGAUCGUAUCGAGGAGAAGUUCUUCACGGCGAUGAACAAGGACAGCUCCUACCGUACCCGUGACCAACUCACUUCCGAAUGGAGCCACAUCAACCGUAAAAUUCGAAAGUUUAUCGGAGUUUACGAGGAAUGCUCCCGGUCCCGAAGGAGCGGGACGAACGACGCCGAUGUUCUCCGGCUUGCCACGACCCGGUAUCAAGAUGACGGGCACCAAGGCAAGGUGCCCAUCGAUCUUUGGAGGAUUUUGAGCCGUUCCCCGAAGUGGCAACAACUCAACAAUCCCGACGGCAGAUUGUUCUGGAAAAGAUCCUCCGUCGACGCCGAGGUUGAGGUCGACGAGACUAUCGGUUCGUCCGAUCAAAUCCCUCCCUUCAACGUUGUGGAUUCCGAUGACGAGGACCCCAUUCCACGGCCGAUCGGAAGAAAGAAGGCAAAAUCCAUUGCCUCGGGUUCGGGAGGGUCCGGCUCUGUUUCCGUUUCUUCUCGCGACGAAAUCGGCUGGGCAAUGAUUGAACAACUUCGGGUGUUCAAUCUCCGAGAAGAAGAGAGGUUGAAGCUAAAGGAGAAGGAGUUGAAGCUAAAUGAGCAGAAGGACGAGAUCAAAGUCAUGGAAACCGACCUUUCUACGUUGUCGGGUUUCAGACGAAUGAUCUACGAGCAAAGAAUAAGAGAGAUCAAGGCAAAAUAUAAUUUACCUUAGUUUUUUAUUAAUGUAUCUUUUUUUCUAUUAUUGUCGCUUAUUUAACGAAUGUAAUUUUUUAAAUUUAAUGAAUGUAUUUUUUUAUUAUUCGUGUUUCAAUAUAAUUAAAUAAUAAAUUAAUUACAUUUUA